AUGGCCAAUCCCAAUCAAGGCCCCCCUCCAGGCCCCAAUCCUGGUUCCAACACCAACGCCAAUCCUGGUAUCAAUCCCGGUCCCAAUCUUCCUGUUCGUGACAUCGACCUCAGCGAUCCCACGUACGCUAGCGAUGGUGUAGCGCAACAGCAUCAAGCCACGGUCAACGAAGCGUUCCUUGAUCGUCUUAGCCGUCUCUUCAACAACCAGACCGACUUCGUCACAACANNCUUGGUAAGCCUGAUGAUCUGCUACACUGUCAAGUUCAUCGGCGGUCUCCCUCAGGGAUACAUUCUGACGACCCUUCUUGAAAAUCAGGUCGAUGGAAGAGUGACUCUGAUGGAUUACUUCGUCCUCGGACAUCCUAGUGGAGACUCGUUCAGAUCGAUCACAGAGUUCGCCAGACAUGCCUACCACAUCAUGCGCAAUGAUCCUGUCAACUGCGACUGUUCUCACUGUUAG